AGUAUUGUGGGUUUGUACUGAAGUUUGAAUGUACACAGGUUGUUUUAUGACUUGAUACAGUGACUAUUUCCUGUAAGUGAACUCUGUGCUGAUACAGGGUUUGAUUUAACACGCCGAUGUUGCAGUGAAGUAAACGUGUGUCCUGCUGUAAACUGGAGAAGGAGACAUGACCUCCAACAUGAGUGUGUCUGGAAAACAGGACUUAAAGAGAGACGAGAGAAUGAAGGAGGGAAAGAGAUCAGACUCACCAGAACCCAGCUGUGUGUCCAUGAAGAGUGACUGAUCAAUGGAGCAACCACUUACCUUCAGAGACGGAGCCAGUUCUCCUGAUGUGAGACCACAACAGAAGAAAUCAAACCUCAGCAGAAAUCAGUUGGACUCCAUAUUCAAGGAGCUGGAACACAAAGUCAUCACUCUGAUAAAGAAUGAGCUGAAGACAUUUAGGAAGCUCCUGAGUCCAGAUUACCCAGCAUGCACUGAGAGGGAGGUGGAGGAUGAGGAGGAUCUGCACAGUGUCAGAGAGGUAGCGCUGAAGAUCACACUGCACAUCCUGAAGAACAUGAACCACACAGAUCUCGCUAACACACUGCACAACAAGUCUGUGGCCUCUGUGUAUCAGACAAAGCUGAAAUCCAGCCUGAGAGAGAAGUUUAAAAGAAUUAAUGAAGGAAUCUCACAGCAUGGAAGCUCAGCACUUCUGAAUGAGAUCUAUACAGAGCUCUACAUCACAGAGGGUUGGAGUGGAGACGUCAAUAAUGAACAUGAGGUGAGACAGAUUGAGACAGCGUCCAGGAGACCAGCAACACAGGAGACACCCAUCAAAUGUAAUGAUCUCUUUAAAGACAAGUCCAUCAGAAGUGUGCUGACGAAAGGGGUUGCUGGAAUUGGAAAAACAGUCUCGGUGCAGAAGUUCAUUCUGGACUGGGCUGAAGGAAAAGCAAAUCAGGACGUCACCUUCAUGUUUCCACUUCCCUUUAGAGAGCUGAAUCUGAUGAAGCAGAAACAUCUCAGUCUGAUGGAUCUUCUUCAUCACUUUUUCCCUGAAAUGAGAAAACUAGAAUUAAUAGACUCCUACAAAGUGCUGUUGAUCUUUGAUGGUCUGGAUGAGUGUCGACUUCCUCUAAAUUUCCAGAAGAAUGAGAGACUGUGUGAUGUGACAGUGUCAGCCUCAGUGGAUGUGCUGCUGACGAACCUCAUCAAGGGGAAUCUGCUUUUCUCUGCUCUCCUCUGGAUAACCUCUCGACCAGGAGCAGCCAAUCAGAUCCCUCCUGAGUGUGCAGAAAAGGUAACAGAGGUACGAGGGUUCAGUGAUCCUCAGAAAGAGGAGUACUUCAGGAAGAGGAUCAGUGAUCAGAGCCUGGCUGAUAAAAUCAUCUUACACAUGAAGUCUUCAAGAAGCCUCUACAUCAUGUGCCACAUCCCAGUCUUCUGCUGGAUCUCAGCCACUGUUCUAGAGAGAAUGUUGGGUGAAGCAGAGAGUGGAGAGAUCCCCAAGACUCUGACUCAAAUGUUCACACACUUCCUGAUCUUUCAGAUCAAACACAAGGACCAAAAAUACCAUCAGAAAUGUGACCCUGAUCCUCAGCAGACCAGAGAGAGUAUCCUGGCACUGGGAAAACUGGCUUUCCAACAGCUGGAGAAAGGAAAACUGAUCUUCUAUGAGGAAGACCUGAGAGAGUGUGGCAUUGAUGUGAGAGAAGUGUCAGUGUACUCAGGAGUGUGUAUCCAAAUCUUCAGAGAGGAGUUUGGGCUUCACCUGGGGAAGGUGUUCAGCUUUGUACAUCUGAGUGUUCAGGAGUUUCUGGCUGCUUUAUACACAUUUCUCUCCUUCAUCAGCAGAAAUGUAACAGAACAACCAACCAUUAAUCUGUCUGAUCUUCUCAACAAGUCAAACAUGUCUGAUCUCCUCAAGAGUGCAGUGGACAAGGCCUUACAGAGUGAGAACGGACACCUGGACCUGUUCCUCCGUUUCCUUCUGGGUCUCUCACUGGAGUCCAAUCAGACUCUCUUACGAGGGUUAAUGCCACAGACAGGAAGCAGCUCUCACAGCAAACAGGAAACAGUCGAGUACAUCAAGGAGAAGAUCAGGGAGAAUCCAUCUCCAGAGAAAUCCAUCAAUCUGUUCCACUGUCUGAAUGAACUGAAUGAUCAUUCUCUAGUGCAGGAAGUACAGACUUACCUGAACAGAGGAGGUUACAGUCGUCUCAGGGGAACCAUACUCUCUCCUGCUCAGUGGUCAGCUCUGGUGUUUGUGUUACUGAACUCAGAUCAGGAGCUGGAUGAGUUUAAUUUGAGUAAAUAUGACCGAUCAGAGGAAUGUCUUCUGAAGCUGCUGCCAGUGGUCAAAGCCUCCAGAAGAGCUGUUCUGUGUUGGUGUGAUCUGACAGAGGAAAGCUGUAGAGUUCUGUCCUCAGUUCUCUGAUCAAACUCCUCCAGAGUGAGAGAACUGGACCUGAGUAACAAUAACCUGCAGGAUUCAGGAGUGAAGCUGCUCUCUGCUGGACUGGAGAAUCCGCACUGUACACUGGAGAUACUGAGGAUGUAGAACUGCAGUAUUACAGAUGAAGGCUGUGCUGCUCUGGCUUCUGCUCCGAGGUCAAACUCCUCAUCACACCUGAGAGAACUGAAUCUGAACGGUAAUAAUCCAGGAAAAUCAGGAGUGAAGCUCCUCUCUGAUCUACUGAAGGAUCCACACUGUAACCUGGAGACACUACACAUUAACUAUAAUAAACUCACCAGGACGGCGUAUGACAGGAGUCUCACCUCAAACCUCUUCUCCAGGAUAAAGCAGUCUUGGUGAAGAGUUAGAACCGGUCCCACAUUUCCAGCAGUUUGGGAGCUGAAUCAUUGAACUUAAAGGGGCAGAGCAGAAACAAAGUCAAGAACAGGCAGAAGGUCAUACACAGGAGAAAUCAACACACGUAACCAAAUAUCUGCUGUACAAAGCAACGGCACCGAUCUGCCCCGGGGAUGGAGACUGACGAGGCUUAAGUACACGUCCGGAAAUGUACAGCCAACUCAUCCCAAAGCACGAGGCGGGAGCAGGCACGUACAAGAUGUGAUCGUCCAAUGGCAGGCCGGAACAUGAUGCAUUGCAGUGGACUGGGCUUAAAAGAGGAGGAGACAAGACACCCAUCCCUCCCCUGACAUAGACACACGAAUGGAACAUAGUACAAAUAGAAAUAAAACUGAGGACAUAACAAUGGUCAAGUAUCAAAUAAAAUGUAAACGUGCAUUGAUGAAGGUAAUGUUGUUAGUAAUUGUUCAUAAAUUACCAUGGUAACACAGAGCUCCAAGGUAUAAAAAUAUGGAGUUUGUCAUCAACCAAACAGUAACCAGUUUUAAUACCUAUAAAAGUUUACGUAGUAAAAUUUAGCAAAGCGCUUUACAGUAAAUUCAAAUGUAAAAUUAAACUAAUGAAAUGUUGUGCAGCACAUGCUUAUGUUAAUUUUUGUUACAUUAUAUGAUCAUAUAAAUAAAUAAAUACUCCCAAAGUCA